AUGAUUAGGUUCGACAACAGGGAAACUCGAAGUGAACGAAGAUCGUUGGAUAAAUUUGCUCCUAUACGUGAUUUGUGGAAUCAAUGGGUUGAGAUAUUACCUAAACUUUACAAUCCAACGGAAAACGCGACCAUCGAUGAACAAUUAGUAGCUUUCAGAGGAAGAUGUCCAUUCCGCCAGUACAUGCCAGCAAAGCCUGCAAAGUAUGGAAUCAAAUUUUGGGUACUUGAUUCAACAACGAGCUAUGUUUGGAACAUCCAACCUUACACUGGCAAGGCAAUCGGAAGAACCCCCGAAAAAAAUCAAGGCAUGCGUAUUGUUUUUGAUUUGAUUGAAGGGUUAAAAGGACUACCACCAGACUUAGUGAACAUAAAAAGAAGACCACUAAAUUCAUCAAUCUUCGCUUUUACCGAACAAACAACUCUCGUUUCGUACAUACUUAAGAAGAAUAGAGCUGUGAUUCUACUUAGCACUCUACACCAUGAUUCAAAAAUUAGUAAUCGUCGAGAUAAAACGCCAGAAAUAAUACUGGACUACAAUAAAUGUAAAGGUGGUGUAGACACAUUGGACAAAGCUGUAAGCGGUUACACUUGCAAAUGA